CCGCUUUACACUUCUCCGCAAGAACGACGUUUGCAUGCAAGCGCGAGUGGCAUCCAGAUCAACAACAAGCUUAAGUCGUGUUGCGCAAGGGCCGCAAAGCCCGUCUUUUGCACAUGUAGCAACGACUUGCGCCAAUGUCGGGUGGCGGGUCGAGGUAAGAAGAAAGUCACUUUAUGCUAAGAUGCUAGCGUCCGUGGCGCCGACAUGGUGCUACUCGUCAGUACGGAUGCUGCUUGGGUUGGGUAAUAUAAGAGUGUCUUUGCCCCAGGGUCCAUGGCGGCAGUCCUUAUCGACAUCAAGCACGACACUCACGCAACCAGGCGUUUGCCUGUCGUUUCUUUUCAUUCCAUCUUCCCACUUCAUACCCACGUGUGAAGAGACUCCUUUGCGACUAAUAUGGAUGCCCAAUUCGACUCCGGGGAAUCGGGUGACGCGAAGCUGGCGCGAACGCAAACCACCAACACGUACACUUUCCAGGACCAGCGAGGAUGGAGAAGAUGGCGCAUACUACGCCCAGGACGCGGCAUGUAUCACGAUGUUAAGCGGCGCCUACCCUACUACUGGAGCGAUAUCAAAGAUGCAUGGACAUACAGAACAUUCGCGAGCACAGUGCGCAUGUACUUUGUGAACCUCCUUCCGGCCAUCGCCUUCACGCUCGAUAUGACUCGACGGACUGGCGAGUUCUUCGGCAUCAAUGAGGCGCUGCUUGCUUCAGCCCUAGCAGCAAUGGUCUUCAGCAUCUUGGCUUGCCAGCCCUUGACCAUCGUCGGUGUGACCGGAUUGAUUUCUCUCUUCAACUACACCAUCUACGACAUCGUUGGACACUACGAUAGCACUCUCUAUCCGCAGGUUAUGGCCUGGACGGGUAUCUGGGCGGCCAUCUUCCACUGGAUAGUCUCCUUUGGCAAUUACUGUGACUAUAUGGGAUACAUUACGGAUUUCUCGAGUGAGUCUUUCGGAAUGUACGUCGGCAUUAUCUAUAUGAUCAAAGGCGUUGAGGAACUUGUCAACGAGUUCAGCGUCGCUGGGAGCACUGCCGGCUACCUCUCCUGCCUGAUUGCCAUAUUGUAUUUCGGCUCCGUAUAUGGCCUCGAGAAGCUUGGCAGCAGCGUCAUCUGGAAGCCUUGGUUCCGCGGCAUCCUCGCAGACUAUGCAUACGUCUUUCCGACGCUCUUCUGGGUGGGCUUUUCUCACAUUCCAGGAAACCUGAAGAGCACUCACAUUACAUUCGUGCCGACGACCAAGGCCUUCCAACCCACGCAGCCGAGGAACUGGGUGAUCGACUUUUGGAAUCUCGACAUCGGAUGGAUCUUCGUGGCACUGCCUUUUGGCUUCUUGACUAUGUUGCUGUUUUACUACGACCAUAAUGUGUCGAGUCUGACUGCUCAAGCCCGCCAGUUCCCUCUCAAGAAACCCGCUGGCUUCCAUUGGGAUUUCUUCCUCCUCGGCUGUACCACCUUCGUCGCCGGCGUUAUCGGCCUUCCAAUGCCAAACGGCCUCGUCCCGCAAGCUCCCGUGCAUACUGACUCGCUUACCAACUAUGAGACGCGCCUCGACGUCAUCAAAACGAAAGAUCACGAUAUUACUGAGGUUCGAAAGCCGCUCGUUGAAGCUACGGCAGUUGUUGAACAGCGCGUUUCGCAUUUCCUCAUGGGUCUCGCGCUGUGGGGCACGAUGACGGGUCCGUUACUCGUCGUUCUGCAUACAAUGCCCGCCGCGGUAUUUGGCGGAGUCUUCUUCGUCGUCGGCUGGGGCUCCAUCGAAACUAACGGCAUCCUCCAAAAGCUCAUCUACCUGAACUCCGAACGACGUUUCCUCCAACCUCAGAACCCCCUCAACGACGUCUCGCGGAAGAAAAUCUCGCUCUACAUCGGCCUCCAGAUUCUGGGCGUCGCCGUCACAGUCGCCAUUUCCCAAACCAUCGCCGCGAUUGGCUUCCCCGUCCUCAUCAUCGCGCUCAUACCGCUCCGCACCUUCCUCAUGCCGCGCUGGUUUUCCGCGCGCGAACUCACCAUCCUCGACGACUUGACAGCCAACAACAAAGCUGUGCUCGCAAGCUUAGGCGGGCGACCCUCGAAGAUGGGCGAAUUCGCCGAAGACUCUGAAGAGGACGAGCAGAUGAGGAGGGAAGAGGGCAUGGAUACGACAGGCGCUGUGCCCGAGGAUAGGGAUUUGUCGAGAAGGAGGAGCAGGAGUGCGGUCAGGCAGCGUAUGGGCAGUAUUACGAGAGCCACGACGCAUCAUAUUAGGUCGCAUUCCGGGGACAGGGAGCCUGAAACGGAUGAGGAGAAGAGCGCGAUGGAAGCUGAAGAGCUGGCGAGGAGUAGGAGUCAUGAGGCAGUGAGGCAGAGGAUGGGGAGCAUUACGCGCGCACCUGCGCAUAAGACGAGGUCGCGGCACAGCGAAGGCUCCAGACCUCCGAACCAGUGAGGAGUGUGUCGUCAAGGGAAAAUGGUACGGGGUAGACGCUAUAGAAGGUGAACGGCUUACUUAGUCACACCUCAGAGGAGAGGCAUGCAAGGCAAGAUUUCACAGGGAUAAUAGCGAACGGGCGGUAGAGCGGAGGACAUAAUACCUGCAUCGGGAGCGUGUUCGAAUGCCAACCCUGCGGAUUUCCAAAAGUCUUUUCCAUAGAGCAUAAUACUACUCUCUUGCAUCUCGGUAC